AUGUUUUCAAUAUUGAACGCAGCACUGAGGGAAUUGAAAGACCAUAUUGAAUGCACGAUUGUAGACACUGCUGUCAACUUCAAUGAUGUUCGUUUACAAUUUGAAUGUUUCAUCCAGGAGCAAAAAGUGUCUUUUCUGAAAGAAAAGGAACAAAGGCAAUCUAAGAAAACAAAGCAGCUUAAACUUGUGCUACCUAUUCCUGUUGUUAGAGUUUUGGUUGAAGGGGAUAUAAACAGCAUAGAACAGAUAGUAGAGUCUGUGAAAAGAAACAUUCCUGUGAUCAUUGUGAAGGGUUCUGGAAAAGUAACAAAUCUUAUACUCGAUUACAUGGAAAGCCCUAAGUCACUCAAAAGCAAUGCCUCUCUUUUGUUUGGAAUCGGGUUUCGAAGCGAGAGGUUCCGAAGACUGAGAGAAGGACUCAAAGAACUUAAAAACAGUGACCAUCUU